AACAACAACAACAACAAUCCUUCCAUCAGAAGACAGAGUCAUUAUGUCUUAUAGACCGUCCUCACCAGUGCAACUUCCUAAUGGCCAUUGGGCAUGCUCUGACCACUUGCUACAGGUGUGUCCCAUCUGCACUGUAGACUACACAUAUCUCAAUGAAUUGUCUGAUGACGGCGAGGAGCCGUCACCCAUUGCACCACUCCUCAGUCACAUCAGGGAGAAGCGAGCUAGGCCCACACAAGCAGUAGGCAAUGAUGACAACGUUAUCACCAUGGGCGGCAUCGAGACGACUAGUCCGAAUAUGAUCCUGUCUCCUUGGGCGCAUAUGGAUUUAAGCUUGCGACGAGGCACCGGCCGGAUAAUUGCUGAGAAAUUUGUACCCCCAGAAGUGGUUGCAUCUUCCACCUUUGGAGGCUCAGCAACUCCACUGGACAUCUUUCCUCCAGGAAUCAGUCAUAAAGCUAGUCCGGUUGUGCGUCGCUUUAUUCACCGACAUGAUCAGACACAGUUUCUGAUUUAUACGGACGGCGCCUGUUUGGAUAAUGGCGGUUUAAGCCCGCAGGCAGGUUGCGCGUUCUAUUUCAGACCGCCUGCAGAGGACACACAAGACGGCCGUCGACACAACAGGCGGAGACCCGGAACCAUGGAAUUCCCUCCCCCGAGUCAAGGCUAUACCUCUUUUCACCUUGAAAAGAGAGGCCCGUUUGGGGAUCCGUCUUCGCAAACGAGCAACCGCGCCGAACUGCGAGCCGUUAUCGGAGCUCUUCGGUUUCGCGUCUGGCAAGGAGAAGGCUUCAGAACUCUUGUCAUUGCCACGGACUCGGAAUAUGUCGUCGAGGGUGCGACGAACUGGGUGAAAGGCUGGUUGCGAAAUAACUGGAGGACUCGGAGUGGUCCAGUGAAGAAUAAGGAUUUGUGGGAGGCAUUACUGGGUGAGAUCGAACGCCACCACGAUAAGGGCCUCAAAGUCUUGUUUUGGAGAAUUCCAAGGGAGCUUAACAUGGUUGCAGAUCAAAAGGCAAAGAUCGCAGCGCAGGAGGAGCCAGCAUCUGAGAGCUGGAAUGAUGUGAGUGGUGUCAUGGUUUGA